AUGCCUUUCUGUAUCUUCUCUCCUCUUGCUCAGCUGAUCGUCAGUUUCUUCUGCUCUUUCUCCUUUCCUCUGCUGGGAUUGUUUAGACAAAGUUCUCUUCCUGGUGACCAAACUCCUUUCUUUCUUCAGUUAUUUUCCUCCCGUCCGCCUGGAUAUUACGCCUUUCUUUUAUGGCGACUAGAAAGUGGAAAUUUACUUAAACACGUGGUAAAAUACUUUUUGAAAACGCACGUGAUCGCUUCUCCGUCUUCAUCUCAAAAAGCUUUGGCUCCAAACUCCACUUAUGGACUUCUUUUCAAACUUUCUUUUCUGGGGCUUCUUCGAGAGGACUACGCAAAACUUUCUCUGAAGGGGAAACUUGCCCUCAGUAACUUGUUACCCAUGCAUCCUUCACUUAUGGGCAAACGCUACCUGCCUUUUAAGCAGGGAGAGAGAAAAACCCCUGUCGCUCAGCGGUCUCGUUUUCUUUUUCUGAAGUCCAGUCCCAGUUCUCCCUUCCCCUUCAAAGGUGGGGGGCGGUUCACUUCUUAA